UGGUCCGAGAUGUCGAUAUAAAUUUUGCAAGCGUCUAGUGAUCAGGAAACACGAACAACAACAACAAUCAAGCGUGUUGUUUUAUUUAUUUGUAAACUAAAAGAAACUGAAAAGUGUACCUUAUUUAACUAUCUAUAACAUAGAAAACAGUGAUACCAUACCAACAUGACAAGAUUUGCGCGUUUCGGUCAAAACAACAAACGCACUCUUGAUGCGACACAAUGGAGUGCCAUGAAAACAGAUGGUAAUACUGAUCAACCUUCAGGUGAAACAGGUCAUGUUAAGAAUGACACUUCUAACGAUAAAACCAGUCCAAUCAGUCCGAAGAAAAGUCCACUGAAAGGUGUAAAAAAUGACAAAACCUUUCAGAAACCAAAACACAAAGGUCAAAAGGGCAAGUUUUCAAAGGGACAAGUACGAAGGAAUCCAAGUGAAAUGGAAUGUUACAAUUGUCAUAAGAAAGGGCACAAAGUGUCGGAAUGCCCUGAACAAGGAGACGGGAAACACUUGGACGUGCAGUGUUAUAACUGUAAGCAGAAAGGCCACAAGUCCUUUAAUUGCCCAAAACCACAACAGAAGGGCCCAAAGAAUAAAAAAUUCAUAAAAUUUGUGGAAAAGAAUAAAGAUGAUUGGAAAGCAAAAAGGAGUGAACACCGUCGAAACAAACGGCAAGAUGAUGCCCAGUCUAAAUUGCACUGUUAUAACUGCAGAGAAUCGGGUCACAAGCUGUCAGAAUGCCCAGAAAUACAGAAAGAUGUCGAACAGGGAACCGAUAUAUGUUUUAAAUGUGGCUCAACUGAACAUACUGUCAAAGGAUGUCAUGUUAAAUUGGCUCCAGGAGAAUUUCCUUACGCUAAGUGUUUCAUAUGUGGAGAACUUGGUCAUCUGUCACAGAAAUGUCCGGACAAUCCUCGUGGCUUGUACCCUAAUGGAGGUUGCUGUAAGGAGUGUGGAUCUGUCGAACAUCUUCAACGAGACUGUCCCGAGUAUCAACGACAACAAGGUAUUGGAAGCAUUACAUUAGAGAGACUGGACGGUAACAAAAGUGUUGACCUCGAUAACACAGAUGAAAUGAUUGAUGAAAAAUCAGAGCCAAAAUUGAAGGCCAAGAAGAAAGCGAAAGUGGUCAAAUUUUAAGGAAACUUAAUUUUUCGUUGGCUUAUUAUAUAUGAUAUUAUAGUAGAAAAAAUAAAUUGUAUAUAAUUGA